AUGCAAGGCUUAAAGAAUUCUCUAAAAAAGUUUCGGAGGAGUCAUUCAACUACAGGUAGUGGUGGACAGGUAGCUACCGGGGAAAAGGAUGCCCUCAUCGAUAAGUCCAUCAAACGGGUGGCAUAUUUGGAGUCAUUCCCCAAAGUGCUGGAGUAUAACGGCUACGAACUGCCCGGGGAUGUCAUAAACGCCAAGGUGUUGGACAACCUCCAGGACCUGGACGACAGGGAAAGCGACAUAUUUAUCGUGUCGUACCCGCAGUCGGGCUCUGCGGUAGUGGAGGAACUGGUGAUGAAAUUGGUGGACAAAAAAGUAGAGAAAACGCCGUCCCGUAGAGCUCGUAAAGCACAGGUAGCCAAACUAGAGAGCGCCCACCCCUACGGUCACCUCCGGUGGCUGAACGGUCUGAAAGCCCCCCGCAUUCUCACCACUAAUUUACCCCUCAAUUUAAUGCCAAACCACGUGAAGACUCCUAUUUGUAAAAUAAUAUAUUUGUUACGUAACCCCAAAGACCAGUCGGUGUCCUACUAUUACCAGCACCGGGUGAAAGGCAUACUCUCAUCGUUUGAUGAUUUCAUAUCGCUGUAUAUGAGUGGACAC